AUGCGCUGUAACUGGGACUUCUAUCUUUUUGAUUCCAAGUCUGAUUUUGUAGAUUUAAAAAGCAAAGUAUUUUUGUCAUUGGCUUUCUAUAUCCUUGACUUUUCUGUUCUGAUUCUAGAAUUUAAUGGCAUGGUUCUUCUUUGCAAAGUCUGUGGAGACGUCGCUUCAGGAUUUCAUUACGGUGUUCAUGCCUGUGAGGGCUGCAAGGGUUUUUUCAGAAGAAGCAUUCAGCAAAACAUUCAGUAUAAGAAGUGCUUGAAGAAUAACAACUGCUCUAUAAUGAGAAUGAAUAGGAACAGAUGCCAGCAGUGUCGUUUCAAAAAAUGCCUCUCUGUUGGGAUGUCAAGAGAUGCUGUUCGAUUUGGCCGCAUUCCCAAACGUGAAAAACAGAGAAUGCUGAUAGAAAUGCAGAGUGCCAUGAAAACCAUGAUGAACAGCCAGUUCAGUGGUCACUUGCCCAAUGAAGCAUUAACAGAACAUCAAGAUCAAGCACCUCAAGAAGACCUUUCCUCCAAGCCCAAACAAGAGCGGGAAGCCAUCAAAAGCCCUUCUUCGCCUCCUGCUGCUGACAUGGCUAAGGAAGAAGUGAUCGGCAUGGUCACUAGGGCCCACAAAGACACUUUCAUGUACAACCAAGAACAGUCCCAAAACCCAGCAGAAAUUAUGCAGUCCCAGGGUGGGGAGAGAGUGUCAAAGAACACAGAGCAGUACAUCUUGAACAGUGAGCACUGUGUUAGUGGGCUCGGUGGCCCUCAGUACCCUGAAAGUGAGCAGCAUCUUGGUGGACAGUACAAAGGGAGAAGCGCAGUGCAUUAUCCAAGUGGGCACGCCAUGUGUUUCACAAACAGCCACUGUAUGAACUUCACCAGUGGUUAUACUCAGCGACUGUGUGAUAGGAUCCCAGAAGAUGGCUUUUCUCCAAACAAGAAUGCCACUUACUCUUGCAGCACUGGAGGAAGAAUGCAUCUGGUGUGUCCAAUGAGUAAGACUCCCCACGUGGACCCAAACAAGUCUGGCCAUGAAGUCUGGGAAGAGUUUUCCCUGAGUUUUACCCCUGCGGUAAAGGAAGUGGUGGAAUUUGCCAAGCGCAUCCCAGGUUUCCGAGAUCUUUCCCAACAUGACCAGGUUAAUCUUCUGAAGGCUGGGACCUUUGAGGUUUUAAUGGUACGGUUUGCAUCUUUGUUUGAUGCAAAGGAACGUACCGUCACCUUCUUGAGUGGAAAGAAGUACAGUGUGGAUGACUUGCAUUCAAUGGGAGCUGGUGAUCUGCUCAACUCAAUGUUUGAAUUUAGUGAGAAACUAAACGCCCUGCAACUUAGUGAUGAGGAAAUGAGUUUGUUUACAGCGGUUGUCCUGGUAUCUGCUGAUCGCUCCGGAAUAGAAAAUGUCAAUUCUGUGGAGGCACUUCAGGAAACACUAAUCCGUGCAUUAAGGACCUUAAUCAUGAAAAAUCACCCAAAUGAAGCCUCUAUUUUCACAAAACUUCUUUUGAAAUUACCUGACUUGCGUUCCUUAAACAACAUGCACUCUGAAGAACUCUUGGCCUUUAAAGUUCACCCAUAGGCCUUUAGGUCUCAUUUAUACUUGGACUUGCCUCGUGUUAAACUGUUUUGUGCUAAAAUAUGUAUUUAUACAGUUGUACCACUUGUUGGAGAGAGAGUUCACAGACUGUGAACAACUGAUAGCUGUCCCAUAACCAUGCAAUAACGCUUCAGCAGGUGCUUUCAGCUAAUGGUGGCGCAGCAUUCAGAGUCCUCCAAGACAUCCAGACCCAGCUGUGCUGCACUUCUGCAGAAGAGGCUGAGAUGAGCCCAAGUAAAUAUGGACUGUUCUUUCAUUUAGAAAAAAGAACCGCCACUCCCCUCUCAUGUAAACACCCUGCAAAAUAGCUGUGUAUGUGCAUACGGAGCAUGGAAUGGGGUGGGAACAAUCCUGUGCUAAUAGGGAAAUGGAAGAGCUGAUUUAAUUGGUCUUUCACUUAUCUAAUAGAUGUAUGUCUUUGUCUCUUGGUAAGUCACUCAUGGUUUCACUGUUGUUAUUCCAUUAAACCCGAUGGAAUGAUUUCAGCCUGCACCAACUCUUCACUGAGUGUGUUCAUGCCAUGUGUAUAUAAUAUAAAUAGUUAAGUAAUGAGUGUUUAUGGCUAUAUAAAGUACAGAGUUGUGUGUAUAUAUGUGUAUGUAUAUAAAUAGUUCUAUACAUAAAGUAUACAUAUAAUUUCUUCACAAUAUUUUAAACUGUGAAGGAAUUUAAACUUACAACAGAAGGUGAUCUAUGGAAAGAACCAAAUAGAUGCACUUUGCAUAUUGCUGAACUAAUUAUCUGAGCAUUUCUAAUUUUUAGAAAACAUCAAAUUUGCAUUAAUAUGCUGUGUUUGUUAAUUUAAAAAAAAAAAACAAAACAGAGUGGCACCAAAGGAGCAGAGUUAGAUUCAACUUCUUGAAGGGGUUCAUAGAGAAUCUCAAUUGGAGAUGGUCGGUUGUGGCACUAAUGAGAUAGGUUGUCCAUUGCCACUGAGGUUCUCACAUUGUGAUAAAGGUUAAAGAAGCACCAGAUGCUCUUCAAAAACUUCAGCACAGCCAGAAAGAAACUAUCAGAUGAAUAACAGCAUCUAUCAGAAAAAAAAAAAAAAAAAUGGGAAAAAUGUAUCCAUGGUUGCGUUUGGGUGAAUGUGUGUUCUGUGACCAUUUAUUUCUUGCAAUACAUCAUUUUGCUGCUUUGUUGCUCAAUGAGAAUUGAAAACAGAAAUGUGAGAUUCCCCCUGUCUUUUCACAGUUAGGGCUUUGUGGUUCCCAUGCCUGUUCUUCUGGAGCUCUCCAUUGGUGCGUAUGCGUGUGUGUAUGUGCAGAGAAAGGUGCACUGGAUGAUGGUCUGGAUUUUUUUCUUAAAAAAACACCACAAAAACCAACCAAACAAAUGGGACUUUUUUUGUUGUUUAUGCCAGUAGCAAAUGACAAAGCAGAUCCUCAAGGCUUAAGAUUCUACCGCUUUUCUAUCUAGGAAAGUGACUCUCUAUGGGUUUUCUCCAUUUGUAGCAAGACCUGGCACCAGAAAAAGAGAGAUUAAACAAAGUCAAAGCAGUCGUGUUAAUUAAUUAGUUAAUGUUUAUGUUUCGCUAACGUGGGAAGAUGUUCCACUACCCUUGUGUUUAGUUACCUUCCCUUAGAGGUAGCCCUCUGGGUCUCUAGCGCUUGGUAACACUACUCCGCGGUGGGAGAGGCCUCUCCAAACGCUUGUUACUGCGUUUAGAUGUGUGCAGUAGUUGAGGCCGGGAGCCAGGGAGCCGCCAGCAUGCAGAGCUCCUGCUGGCCCUGCCGGAGCAGCUCUGGCGCAGCGGCGAGCUCCUGGGAGCCCGGUGCCUGCCCCUGAGCAGUGGGAGCCGGGCACCCUGCACCCCUCCGCUCACCUUUGGGCUGGGGUUCCCCGCGGAAAGGGGUAAGGAUUGCUGGCCAGGGGCCGAGAGCAGGAGGCGGCAGGUGCUCGAGUCGGAGCUGGGGAAAACUCUGCUUUAGCCUUGGCUAAGGAGCAGAAGAGCCCACCCUUGCCCCUCCUCUGCAGCUGCUGCAGGGAGAGCUCUCCUCCUUCAAGCUACUUUAACCACUGGAUAAUGGCCCCUUAAUACAGAGUUGUGCUAUCCAAAUGUGCUAUCGGGGCAUAUUGUCCUAAUUUCUGUUAGCGGUCUGCAUCCUACCAGUAUUAUUUGUUUGAGAGCUUCACUGAAUUACGCAUUGAACCAUUCAGACUUUAGAAAGGACACAGUCACAUGUUUUGUGUUAUUUAGGAGCUGAAAUGACUUCUUUGUAGACCCCAUUUCAAAGGUGGAAAGUACAGUUAACCCUUGGUUGUUUUGGAAGGGAAGGAGGCUUCUUACAGAGAUUGCCACCCUACAACUGUGUUUUGUUGUGUUUUGUUUUAUUAUUAUUAUUUUUUCUUAAACUGUAUUAUUAAGCCUUUAGGAAUGUAUAACCAGGACUGAGUAAUUACUGCUUAUUCAAUUUUUAGUUAGAUUGACCAUGUAUGCCUAUAGAUAGAUACUCUAACUUGUGCAAUUUCAUUUGAAAUAAUAUUCCUGUACAUAAUGGAAAAACUCAUAUAUCAGAAAAGAAAGCCCCAAACAGAUUGACUGAACAAAAAAGUUGAUUAAAGUACGGUUCAAAAGUGACCCACGUAUUACAAACCCUAGCUGGACUCUUAGAAGAAAAUCUGAACUCAUCGUGUUAGCUGUGUAUUGUGAGCUCUUCUUUUACUGUGUCACUGGUUAUACACUUGUUAAACGCUGAGAUAAUAGACUUCAUGCCAGGCAUUUGAGUACUGUAGAUUGGGUCAUUGCUGAAAGAUUAAUGUACUGUAUGACUUAAAUGAAAUUUUUAUUCUUGAUUUUAUUCUUGAUUUUGUUCUUGUUUUAAAAGAUUAAAUAUGGGCAUUAUGUCAGCAAGCUAAA